AGGCGCCCUCCGUGGGGCGGGGCGGGGCGGGGCGGGGCGGCUGGUGCCGGGGCGAUGCCGGCAGUGCUGUGGGCCCUGCUGGACGCCGCCUUCCUGGCGGCGCUGCUGCUGCAGCAGGCCCAGGCGCGGCGGCCCGGCGGCGGCCUCGGCCUCGGCCUCUUCCAGGAUCUCAUCCGCUAUGGGAAGACCAAGAGCGGCUGCGAGCAGCGCCCCGCCUGGCUUCGGCUCUUCGAUGUACCCAAAAGGUGGUUUACUCACUUUUAUGCUGUUUCUGUGCUGUGGAAUGGCUUUCUGCUGAUCUGGCUUAUCCAAGCUCAGUUCCUAAGAGGAUCUCUCUCAUCAUGGCUUCAGCACCUGCACCAUGCUCUUGGCAGAGCUUCACAGAACAAGGACACGGAUAGUGAAUACUUCUCUGCACUCUUGGUUCUCCUGCUCCUUUGGCUGCACAGCUUUCGAAGACUUGCAGAAUGCCUCUGUAUCAGUGUAUUUUCCAAUGGCGUCAUUCACAUUGUGCAGUAUUGCUUUGGACUUGGUUACUACAUUGCCGUUGGCUUAACUGUGCUAUGUCAAGUGCCUGCUAAUUUCAGGAAUGGAGAACUUUCUGUGCAGAUCUGCUGGUAUCACAUCAUAGGAAUUGUGAUGUACAUUUGGGCCUCGCUUCACCAACACAGAUGUCUUGUGAUUCUAGCUAAUCUUAGAAAAAGCAAAUCAGGAAAGGUCCUAAAUCUGAGCCACAGUAUACCUUUUGGAGACUGGUUUGAGAGAGUUUCUUGCCCUCAUUAUUUUGCAGAACUCCUCAUAUAUGUAUCUAUGGCCAUCACACUUGGAUUUCACAAUGUAACAUGGUGGUUUGUAGUGAUAUAUGUUCUUUUUAACCAGGCACUGGCUGCUGUUUUGUGUCACGAGUUCUACCAGAACAAAUUUAGCUCCUACCCAAAGCAUCGAAAAGCAUUUAUACCAUGUGUUUUCUAGAACAUUUCUUUUAAAUAUCUAGUGCAAACUGGGAAAUGUUUUCUGUAAGGGAACCAGAGAUUGAUGUUUUACUAAAGCCAAGAUAAAUUAUCACAUUUUCUCUAAUUCUAGCAUAGAAGCUCAUGGCUUUAAUGAUGAUCUGUGUUACUCAUGUAGGGAAAUGUAAGGUCUCCCCAUAUCAUACAAGCUAAUCAAAGGUCAAAUGAUACUGAAGACCUUAAAAUUGAAGAGAUGCUAACUAGCUUUUAUUUUAUAAUCACAUUUUAAGUAUAAAACACUUCUGUUGCACAGCAAGCCAAAAUAUGUAUACAUGAAAUCUGGAUAGGGAAGGGAGGAUGCAGGGGGUCAUUUGAACUACUGUAUUUCAUGUCUAAUAUUUAUGCGUAUUUUUUCUAUUCUCUUUUCUUUGGAUCACUUCAGAUGGAGGCAAAUUGUGUACUGUCUUUCUGUGCCUCCCUAUUGAUAAUUAUAAAGUAGUAGCUGUUUUUAACUGCAAGCACAAAAAAGGUGAAGAGAGCUGUGAUGGAGGAAUGACUCAUUCUCAGCAGUAGAGAUAAACAACAGACCAGUCCUCUGCAUGACCUCUUCUGCAUAAAAGUCAGUAUUCAUUGGUGGAACUUCUUGUUUAUCCUUCAACUUGGAAAAUCAUGGAGGUUCUCUUUCUAGAGAGAAGAGAAUAGUAGAGAAUAGUAGAAAAUUUGCAGAAGUUAUAAUUCUGUCAUACUUAUUUAAGGUUAUUGGAAUCCCUCAUGUGUUAAAAAGGGCAUUUAUGCGUGAUGACAGUAACCAUGGCUACACUGUUUUUUAAAUAACCUGUGAGAGCAGAUGUAAUGAAAUGCCAAGGAAUAAAGCACAUAGAAACAGAAUCCCAGAAUGGCUGAAGUUGGAAGGGACCUCUGGAGACCAUCUAGUCCAACCCCCCUGCUCAAGCAGGGUCACCUAGAGCACAUCGCACAGGAUUGUGUCCAGACAGGUUUUGAAUAUCUCCAGAGAAGGAGACUCCACAACCUCUCUGGGUAACAUGUUCCAGUGCUCAGUCACCCUCACAGUAAAGAAGUUUUUCCUCAUAUUCAGAUGGAACUACCUGUGUUUCAGUUUGUGCCUGUUGCUUCUCAUCCUGUCACUGGGCACCGCUGAAAAGAGUCUGGCUCCAUCCUCUCGACAGCUUCCCUUUAGAUAUUUGUGUACAUUGAUAAGAUCCCCUCUCAGUCUUAACCACUAGCUGUUAAGUGUUGUAAAGAAGUUCUUUACUGGGGAGAUUGUAUCACUUAGGACAGGAGUCUUUUGCUUUUACCACUGAACAUUUUGGUCUUUCUCAUGAUACUGGAGUGAAUGAUCAGUUUGCCUGAUACAACAUAUGGAUGAUGUUUCAGCUUGUUUUCUACUUGCAUGCGUGUAUUGAACCAUUCUUUUGUAUAUGAGAAGAAUUUACAGAUACUGAAGUAUAUCUUGUGCUAUGAAAUAUCUAAUUAAAAAGGCUAUGGUACCUUCUAUUUCAA